GCCCGCGGCUCCCCGGGGGCCGCUGACCCGGAAGCGCUCUGCUCGCCCGACCGGCGCGGCGCGGCGGGGCUUGCUGCGGAGGUGGAAGAUGGCCGAGUCGCCAGAGGAGGUGGCGGUGCUGGUGCAGCGGGUGGUGAAGGAUAUUCGCAACGCUUUCCAGCGAAACCCUUACAUAGAUGAAAUUGGACUAAUACCCUGCCCUGAAGCCAGGUAUAACCGGAGCCCUAUUGUCUUGGUAGAAAACAAGCUUGGUGUGGAGAGCUGGUGUGUCAAGUUUCUUUUGCCAUAUGUCCACAAUAAACUUCUCCUCUACAGACAAAGAAAGCAAUGGCUGAACAAAGAUGAGCUAAUAGAUAUCACGUGUACACUGUUGCUGCUGAACCCCGACUUCACCACUGCUUGGAAUGUGAGGAAAGAAUUAAUACUGUCUGGCACUUUAAAUCCACUUAAAGACUUGCAUCUUGGAAAACUGGCAUUAACCAAGUUUCCAAAGAGUCCAGAAACAUGGAUUCAUAGACGCUGGGUGCUACAACAGCUAAUUCAGGAAAACUCCUUGCCUAGUCUUUUGACUAAAGGAAACUUGGGAGCACUAUCUGCGGAGAGAGUCCACCGACUCGUACAGGAGGAAAUGAAUGUCUGCUCGGAAGCUGCUGGGAGAUACCCAAGCAACUACAAUGCCUGGUCCCAUCGCAUCUGGGUUAUACAGCAUUUGGGAAAGCUGACUGUCAAGGUUCUCCUUGAUGAACUUUCAUCCACUAAAUACUGGGUAUCCAUGCAUGUCUCAGACCAUAGUGGAUUUCAUUACCGCCAGUUCUUACUCAAGUCCUUGAUAGGCAGAACGGUGACUGACAAUAAUACACUAGUUCAAAAUCAAAUGGUAAAUGAGCAAAAGGAUGAGGGGAACGCAGGGGCAGAAGCUGCCUUCACAGAGGAGCAGAGCGUGGAUCUUCCUCACCACUUAGAAGAAGAGUUGGAGCUGUGCACUGAACUGAUUGAUAGUUACCCAGGACAUGAAACCUUGUGGUGUCAUAGAAGGCAUGUAUUCUACCUUCAGCACCGCUUAAGCAACAAGCUUCCUCUUCUGAGCACAAUGGUACCAUCUGUGGAUAGCAGUGAUGAAACUCUGAGUAAUUCCCACCACAGUCCUGCGACAAGCCUCAUGGCACAAGCUAUGGAUGUUGAUGGUUUGAAUGAAACCAGCACCAAACAAGGUUAUACCCAAGAAACAAAACGCCUGAAGCGUGCUCCUAUGCAGGACUCUCUUGGUCUAGAAAUGGAAUACAAGUUUAUUGAUAGUGUAUUAUCAACUUGUAGGGAUGUGGACCAAGUCAGGUUUGCCACUGCUUAUAGGAAAUGGUUAGUUACUUUUUUAGAUCAGUGAAGAACAGUUAAAAGCCUUCAAGGUUGUUCUCUUAGUGCAAUAUUCUCUUCAGACACAGAUGCAUGUCUUGGUUGCAAGUGUUAGCUAACCAUGUGUCUCUCAGUCUUUAAUGGUCAGUCCUAAAGUUCAUAUUCAGAGUAGAAGUCUAUCACUUUAUGAAAGAACUGACAUACCUUUUUAUUAAGUAAAUGCAGUUUGGUCUUUAAUUUUUUAAGAAGUCUCUGUCAGCUUCCUACCAUGCCUUUUUCUUACUUUCCAACUUCUGCAAUAAGAUGGACUCUGAAUCAUUUGGCUUUAAAAGAAAAAUGCUUUUGAAAUGGAGUUUGUGGACUGGAAUAGAAGCAUAUAUGAGUAUCAGCUAAAACUAUUUCCAGGUCGUUCCUCUUUACUGUAGUGGAAUUUUGCUAAUGUACUUCAUUGAAUUCCAACUAUAUUGAGAAACACGCCAGACUGCAGUGUUUCUUUCUCAAAGCUCCAGUAACAGUAUCAAAACCAUGCCUCUUGUUAUAGUAACUGGGGAUUCUUUUCUUAUUACUUGUCCUAGAAGUUUGUUAGGAAAGCUGAUGAAGUAGAAACCCUGAAAAAGGAGAUGCAGGAAAAUGUGACAGAAAGUAGUUCAAACACAUGUUCACACUUGCACCUACAGUUAAGGCUAUAUUUGGAAAUGCUUUUCUUAGACUGUUUUACCUUCGUUUCCUAUUUGGUUUGUUGGUUUUGUUUCCUCAGUGGUCCAGAAUUUAUGAUACUUCAUAGACAUCUUUGAAUGUAUUAUGUACACUACAGAAUCUCAACCUGCUAAAUCACACACUGAUAACUUGUGCUUAACCAAGACCAUGCAAGUCCAGUAGAUGAUGAAGCAAAAGGUAAUUCUUGUAACUGGUCACUGAGACUAUACAAUUCAAACGAACAAACAAACAACAUCAACAACAAAAAGCCAGUAGGAGAGAGCUAUCUCUUCACUUGUUGUUUUACAGAGCUCCAGUGUAUUUUUUU